GAAGAUUUAAAAAAGACGGAUGCGUGGUCGUUGGGUUUGGUGAUGUUAGGAGGGUGAUAUUUGGUAAUGCUAUUCAAGCAGACAUUUGUAGAUCACUUGAUGGUAAUUUAAAUAAUACCUUUGUGCAGAAUUCAUGCGAUGACAGUACGAAC